AUGAGCAAUACCGACUUCCUGGGUCGGGCGAUUGACACGGUCAAAAAGGCUAUCGAGAACGACAAUGAGGGCGAAUACGAAAAGGCCUAUCAACUCUACUACUCCGCGCUGGAGUUGUUCAUGCUUGCCCUGAAAUGGGAGAAGAAUCCACGGUCUAAGGAGAUGAUCCGUGCGAAGGCUGGAGAGUAUAUGGAUCGUGCUGAGAAAUUGAAGAACCAUCUGGCGCAAGCGGAGAACCGGAAGAAGCCCAGUGCUAUUGGUGCUAAUGGGAAGGUGUCACAAGGGAGUGGGAAGGGAGGGAAAGAAGACGACGACGGCGAAGAUCCAGAGUCUAAAAAGCUACGUUCGGCUCUUGCAGGAGCCAUUUUGUCCGAUAAGCCUAAUGUAAAGUGGGAGGAUGUUGCGGGUCUGGAGAGCGCGAAGGAGGCCUUGAAGGAGGCUGUUAUCUUGCCCAUCAAGUUCCCUCAUCUUUUUACCGGGAAGCGGCAGCCAUGGAAGGGUAUUUUGCUUUACGGGCCACCAGGCACUGGAAAAUCUUACCUCGCGAAAGCAGUCGCAACGGAGGCGAACAGCACAUUCUUCAGCGUCAGCAGUAGUGAUCUGGUGUCUAAGUGGAUGGGAGAGAGUGAAAGGCUUGUCAAACAGCUUUUCAACAUGGCUCGUGAAAACAGGCCAGCUAUCAUUUUCAUUGAUGAAGUUGAUGCCCUCUGCGGGCCUCGUGGUGAAGGAGAGUCGGAGGCAUCUCGUCGUAUCAAGACUGAGCUACUGGUGCAGAUGGAUGGUGUUGGUAAAGAUUCAAAAGGUGUUUUGAUUCUAGGCGCAACCAAUAUCCCGUGGCAACUCGAUGCAGCUAUCCGACGACGAUUUCAACGCAGAGUCCAUAUAAGUCUUCCUGAUAUCAACGCGCGAAUGAAGAUGUUCAUGUUGGCUGUGGGAUCUACACCGUGCGAGAUGACUCAAACUGAUUAUCGGACGUUGGCGGAGAUGAGUGAGGGCUAUUCGGGCAGCGAUAUCAGCAUUGCUGUCCAGGAUGCGUUGAUGCAGCCUAUCCGCAAAAUCCAAACCGCGACACAUUACAAGAAGGUACUCGUUGAUGGUGCAGAGAAGCUCACCCCAUGCUCACCGGGUGACGAGGGCGCGACGGAGAUGACUUGGGUUGACGUCGAAGCCGACCAGCUUCUCGAACCACCACUGGUGCUGAAGGACUUCAUUAAAGCCGUCCGCAACUCGCGACCGACGGUCAGCCAAGAGGACCUCCAGAGAAAUGCAGAUUGGACAAAAGAAUUUGGCAGCGAGGGAGCUUGA